AUGAGCAACACACCAGCAACGGCGGCUUCGUCGUCGAAAUCUAAAGCUACGGGAAAUUCUCAAGCGCCCGAAAAACGCAAACCCCUUUUUCAAAAAGAAUUGCAGCAUAUGAUGUAUGGAUUUGGUGAUGAGCAAAACCCGCUUCCAGAGACAGUGGCGCUUGUAGAAGACAUUGUUGUGGAAUACGUCACUGAUUUGACACAUAAGGCUCAAGAGAUAGGCACAAAGCGAGGAAGGCUACUAGUUGAUGACUUCUUGUAUCUUAUCCGCAAGGAUUUGCCAAAACUUAACCGGUGUAGGGAGCUGUUGGCAAUGCAAGAAGAGCUGAAACAAGCUCGCAAGGCUUUUGAUGUUGACGAAGAGAAGAUUACUUCACUCGAUUGA